AUGUCAUCAUUUCUUCAUCUUCAUGCUCAUUAUUAUUAUUCAUGUGUAGCUCUAAUCUUACUAGGCCUUGGAUUAUUGGGGCAAUCCAAUGCCCAAAUGUAUAGAGUUGAUAGCAAUAAUAAUAAGCUGGCUUAUUACACCAUCACUGUUGAUCAAUCUGGCCAUGGCAAUUUCACCUCCAUUCAAUCAGCCAUUGAUGCUGUUCCUAUAAACAACAGGAACUGGGUUUCUAUCAAGAUCAAGGCAGGCACCUAUAAGGAAAAGGUGAUCAUCCCCAUUGACAAGCCAUACAUAAUUCUCAAAGGAGAAAAUAGGCAUAAAACACUGAUUGUUUGGGAUGAUCACGACUCAGUUGCACAAAGCCCUACUUUUGCCUCUUAUGCCGACAGUAUCAUUGUCAAAUCCAUCAGCUUUGUGAAUUCAUACAACAACCCUGUGAAUAACAAAAAUCCAAGAGUGGCAGCAGUGGCGGCAAUGAUUUACGGGGACAAAUCUUCAUUCUAUCGAUGUGGUUUCUUUGGUUUGCAAGACACUUUGUGGGAUGGUCAAGGACGGCACUACUAUCACCUUUGCACCAUCCAGGGUGCCGUUGAUUUUAUCUUCGGCAGUGCCCAGUCUAUUUUUGAGAAAUGUUCGAUACAAGUUCUUGGGGGAGCUCUGGAUCCUGGGUCGGCUGGUUACAUCACAGCACAGGGAAGAGACAAUCCAAAUGAUGCAAGUGGGUUUGUGUUCAAGGAUUGCAAGGUGUCUGGAACAGGUUCCACCUACUUGGGCAGGGCAUGGAGAGGUUACUCUAGAGUCAUUUUCUACAACUCCAAUUUUUCAAAAAUUGUUGUGCCUCAAGGCUGGGAUGCAUGGCAUUUCCAAGGCAAUGAGCACCAAUUAACGUAUGCAGAGCAUGGUUGCUAUGGGCCGGGAGCCGACACUGUCAAGCGUGUGGAAUGGGAAAAGAAGCUUAAUGCUGAUACGGUGCGGGAGUUGACUAGCUUGAAUUUUAUUGAUACUGAUGGAUGGCUCAAUGACCAGCCUUUCUAA